AUGAUACUCCACAUCCAGCACCAGAAACAGCAACCAGAGCAGCUUGGUUACAGCACUAGUCAGUUCACAGCUAAUGGCGUAAACGAGAAUGUUUACUACAGUACAACAGCUCAGGAUGACACUCCACAUCCAGGUGCUACAACAACGACAAAUUGGCCAGGGACGAAAACAAAACCGCCUGGUAGUAGGAGCGACAAUGAACCGGUCCAUUAUACUGGCGAUGCUGCAUCGAACUUUUAUGGCAGUAGAGCUGUACGGAAUGCAGUAACUAAAAAUGCAGCAGUAGUUGUUGGCGAAAGAAUGAACUCCGAGCAUCCUCAACCCGGAAGAUUACCAAUUACUUCCAAGAAUUUUGCAAGAAAUGCAGCCGAACUGGAAAAUGAAGCACUGAAAAUGCUUAACGAACGAGCAAAGAAUUUUUAUGGCAAUAGAGCUGUACGGAAUGCAGUAACUAAAAAUGCAGCAGUAGUUGUUGGCGAAAGAAUGAACUCCGAGCAUCCUCAACCCGGAAGAUUACCAAUUACUUCCAAGAAUUUUGCAAGAAAUGCAGCCGAACUGGAAAAUGAAGCACUGAAAAUGCUUAACGAACGAGCAAAGAAACUUCCACCACCGCUUGAUCCGAGCCAGCUGCUGAAUGUGAAACGUGUCGUCUCAGAUAAUUGGCAGAAGAAACUCGAAUUCGAUCAACGCUUCUUGCCGCCACAACCACCGCAGCGGUUGCAACAAAUAUCUAGCCAGGAACAAGAUCAACAAUCUAGAACCAUACCGGAGCCAGCUCCACGGACAGUGAAGCCCCCACCACCACCUCAUGCGAAUAAGGUACCGAACACGUUUUCAGGCACAGAACAAGGUGCAGGCAAAUAA